AUGAAGUCUUUUAACAUCGCCACGGGACUUUUGCUGUGCGUCGUCGUCACACUCGACAUCGCCACAGCUCGAUCGACGAUCGGUGAUCGCAAGAAGGACUACGACUAUGAUUAUGAAUCGGUUGGUGGCGGUGGUGGCGGCGGUGGUGGUGGUGGAAGUGGUAUCUCAAGCGGUGGAUACUACAGCCCCAAAUCCGGGUACAGUGCCGGCAGUGGGCUUCGCUCGAUCGCGCAAGGAUCCGCGGAUCAAGCAAACUCAGCCGUUGCGAAUCAACACGCGGCCGCGAAACAAGCCGCUUACGUGGCCCAAAACACGCUAGCUCAAGCGGCGUCCCAAGCAGCGGCAACAGCCCAAGCCGCUCUCGCCGGUAAGCACGUGUUGCUGCAGGGUCUGGAGCAGCAAAGCCUCGAAGCACACCAAGCACUCGAUGCCGAAAUUCAGCAGCUGCAGCAAGCAAAACGGUCAGCAAAAGCGGCCCAACAUGCGGCCCAGCAAGCGCUCAACCACGUGCAGGUGUUGACGAGUGCGCUUAACAACGCGCAGGUGGCGGCAGAACACGCGCAACAAAGCGCAAGUGAGGCGGCCGCCGAGCUUGCGUCACAAACGCAAAUGGUCGGUAGCGCGAAGCAGCGUGUUGAGGCGCUCGAGGAGCAGCUGAACAGUGCGCGGGUUGACUUUGAGGCGACACAGGAGGCGGCUCAUAAGGCGGCUGCUUCCGCGCAGGAAGCACAAAAUAAUGCGGCCGAAGCGGCGGCCCAUGCGGCCAUUCCACUCGUGCACGUGGCCCAAUCGCUUGAUGGACAUUCGGCGCACACGCUGCAGGCGAAAAUCGGUAAGGCUGGUGGAAAAUCGCACCACGUUGGGGGCUCAUCGGCGGGUUCUUCGUCGGAGGAUGAGAUCAAUAGUGGGGAGAUUGAGGUCGCGGCUAAUCACAAUUAUGGGGAGUUUAAACCGUCCCAGCAGACGUUCAGCUUCGCCGGCUACUAG